AUGGAGUCCAUGAUUAAGGAAUGGUCAGUCUUUUUGGAUAAGUGCCUCGAGCGGCGUAUCCAACCUGAUUUGUUCGCUGCAGCCGUCGCGCAGCUCCACGCGAAGUCUCCACUGCCCGGCCGGAAGCUUGCUGCACUGGUGCUUCGACCACGCGUCGCAGGUUCCAACAACAUCGAUCCACGUUCUAUUGUCUUUCUUGAGCAGCUACUGUCUUUGAAGAAGGUCGACGCCUCUGACGUCCUGACGCUGACGUUCCUGUACUCCAAGGAUCGCCUUCCAGUCAAGACAGGCGACGAGAAACCAACCAAGGAGGCGCAAUGGGACAAUCCACCAGAACUCGAGGAAAUUGUCUUUCAUCGCUUACACAAGGCUUUUGCUGCAGAAGAGCGGCCUGUCAACAAUACUGAAGGCCUGCGCACACUUAUUGUCUUGAUAAGAUGGAUGCAGGCAAUGGUGACCUCGCAUACGAACGAUAGCAUGAUCCAGGCUAUGGCUGGUAUUCAGCAGCCUCAACAGCACUCUAUUAAUGUUCGGGAAGGUCUUGCAAUGCUUGUGAUUGGCGUAGUAGAAAACUCAAAGAUCCUGCGGAUACUGAAUAAUCCCAAAGGCAAAGAUAUACGCAAGAGUUUCAUUCAAUCGUUCUCUUCGUUCAUCCCAUUUCUCUCCAACAACUCGGGCGGAUCGCAUCAAUCGUUACAACUAGCCGAAAGAUUGGAACUUUCACAGAAACGGCAUGAUUUCUACGAGAAGCUUCCUAACGUCAACGGUGAGGAGAAUGGGAACGCAGGUCUUGAGGUCGCUGCCCUUCAGCUCGAUGCUGUAAUGGAGCUCCCACAAGUGAACACGCGAGCCGGUCUCUACAUCUUCUUGAAUGCAUUGCUUGUCGCACGUCCUCUAACCGAUGACUUCAUCAUUAUCAAUCAUCUUCACUCACGAUACAAGUUGGAAGCGCAGAACAUGGCCACAGACUUGAUCACCGCUGCUUUUGAUGUUCUUGCCAACGCCAUGUAUCGCAGUGAACCGCCACAAACCAUGUUCUACCCGAAAUCUUUCCUAAUCAAUAAGGUGCCAUUACUCCUGGCACAGCUAACCGGAUCGAUAUUCCCCAUGACAGUCGAGAUGUGCAUCACUCAAGCACUCAGUCAUGUGGACCCCCACGCAUUUCCAUCAUUCUCGCAAGGGUUCGAUGAUAUCAUGGGAAGCAAUAACAACUCACUCUCCGAUGUCAGGCAAGACUUCCUCAACGCCUGUGCGCUUCAUGCUCUCAUCCCGACGGGUACCGUAGAGCGGUUGCUUGGUGAAGCCCCCAUGCAGGGCCCACCUUCGAAGAGAUACGAGAGGAAAGAAUUGCUAAACCAGUGCAAGUCAAACUUUGACAAAGUCAGCACAUUCAUCGACGAACUUGAGAGCCUGGACGGAAAUGCGGGUGCCAUAGUCGCUGCUGUUACAGAUUUUAUAGCACACCUCUGUGAAACUCAGACGACUAUGUACUUGAAGCAAUUAUCCUCGUUACUCUUCAAGAAACCGCAGGCAAUGGACGUAAUGCUCCAAUUCACCUCACCAGCGAGCAUUCUGCGACCUCUAUGCCAAUUUCUUGACGACUGGCACUAUGAUAGUGAUCAAGGCGAAUACCAACCAGUAUACGACGAAUUCGGUGCGAUACUGGUCCUCGUCAUGGCAUUCAUACACCGCUAUGAUUUUACGUACCACGACAUCGGUAUCGGUCAUGAUACGUUCAUCGCCAAACUUUUGAAACGUGGUCAUCAUAGCAUGCUGCCCGACCAACUGAGCGAAGAGCAAGGCAAGCAUCUUGGUAACUGGCUAAAAGGACUCUACGACGCCGAUAAGGAAGGGCUUAGCAACGAAGUCUUUGCAUCUUGCCGUCCUCAAGAUUUCUACCUCAUAGUUCCCACAUUAUUCAGGCAGACAGUCGUGGCAUGCUCGACUGGAGUUCUGUCAUUUGAGUCGGUCAAAGGUGGUUUAGAAUAUCUCGGAGAGACAUUCUUAUUGCCAUCCUUGAUAGAGGGUCUUACCUGGAUGGCCUCAUACGCGCUCCUCCAAACGCACAACGAUCUCGAUGCAAUGAUCCGUAUAUUCAACGAAGUCAUACUAACGACUCCCUCCUCUGGCGACGCACAGGCUAUGCAUUCGACUAUAAUAGCUAUGGUUUCUAGUCGCCUGGAAAAGUGCUUCCGCACGCUACAGCGACGUGAGCCGAACCGAACGACACUCGAGCCUUUUAUCCAGGCGAUCAAAGUUCACGCAUACUACGAACGUUCCGUGUACGCUAGCUUGAAAGAGGUAGAUCAGUGGACGAAUGCGCCGAACAGCACUCUCAACUCAUCCAUACGGCACACCAUACAGCAACUGUCACAGUGGGCUUCGACCUCGUCGUUACAGCCAAAUCCACCUGGCUACACACACCGCCAGAUCUAUGCAUCGCUCAAGAUGCUGGGUGCGACGAGAACACUGCGCGCAGUCGUAGAUGAAGUAAAGGCACAGACAGAUGCUGGCAACGGUGCGGCUGCACUAGAUAUCGGCGUGUCCAUCAUCUGUGCUCCCACUGUCGAGGAUAGUCCCAUCACAGUUGACUGGGUAGGAAGCUCGAUACCAGCGCCGCCCCAACAGCGAAAUCACAUGAAUCUCCGCGAAAUGCUCAAGCAAGAAUUCGAAAGCGCUGCAAAUCUGGUUGCGACAGAUCCCCUAACGGCGGAGACAAUAGUACGCCUGCACCGCCGCGUAGAAGCACACUUUGCCUCUCUUGGUGAAGCUGGACUCCAAGCACCGCCUAUCAACAUCCCAAGUGUCAAUAUCGCAGAUAUGCAAUCGCAAUCCAUAUCUGACGAUCUCAACCGAGCUAUCGAUGAUGCGGCCGCUGCAACAGUUGUUGACGACAUCUCCAACAUGGACAACAAAGCGCUGCAGCGCAGUAUGGACGAACUUACGGGUGCUGAAGGCCUGGAUCUGUCAAGCAUCGGUAUGGGUAACGGCGAUGCGGGAGCGGGUGACAUGAGCACGGAUCUGGGUAAUCUACCCGAUCUGAAUCUGGGCGACAUGGGUAGUAUGGGCAUGGAUAUGGACAUGAACAUGGAUAUGGGUGGAGGUGGAGGUGACGAUGACUGGGGGUUGGAUUUCGAUAACAUGUAG